AACAGGUAUACCGUAAUACUUGUGGAAAUCAGCAGCAACAGGUAAACACCAACCAAAUAAUGAAGUUUGCUAUAAUUUCGACAUUUUUGACGGUCGCUUUCUUCUUCACAGGAUCAAACGGUAAGACAUUUAGUUAAUUCGCGUCUUUGAUAAAUGUUUGAGUGUUGUCUCAGGGGAAAUGUCUUAAAAGUACAGUAUAUGAGAAUUUCCGCUGUGGCUCUUUCCAUUGACUAUUAUUUUAGUAUUAGUAUCAGGUCAUGCAGUUCCAUAAGUCUUUUUAUCGCCAGUCGUUAGUAUAUGUGUCAUGCCUCUCGCACUUUUCUGACAACACAAUUUUUGUUCUGCACUUCCUUUCAAAGCUGUGCCCUGAAAUUGCGUUGCCAAAAUAUGCCCGGGGCACUAAAUCUAUUCCUCAAUAAACUCUCUUAAAAAGAAACCAUGGUGCCAACAAUGUUCGCGGUGGGCAUAAAUUUACUUCCCAUCCCAAAGUCAGACAACAUAAAAGAUAAACGAAUUGACUCAGUUGAUCAAUUACGAUGAGUACAGAUGUACAGCCAGACAUGGGGUGCGAGAUUCUUUUGCGAAAUUUAUCCAAAUUUCGUGAAACAUAAUUUUUGUGAAUUUUUCAUAUAUAUAUAGCCUAACACACACAUACAUGCCCACUAUCAAAUCCAAAUAGUGACAGCAUCACAAUAACUGUUAUUUUAUUUAUUUAUUUAUUUAUAUUCAAACCUUUUCACGACUUAUGGAAUGGUAGCUGUUUCGGUGAGUAUAAAACUUAUACCUUAUAUAAGCCAUUCUGCAAUCUAACUGGCUCUAUAACAGGAUAUUAUAUAACUAACAGGAUAUUAUAUAACUAACAGAAUAUUAUAUUGGAGUUAUUGAAAUCCGAUAAGUGUUUGAUUAUAUAGAACAAAACAAUUAAUUCUAUAACAAAAUUUUAAAGUUGUCUAUAAGCGAGAAUGAAUAAUGCAGUGAGAAUAAUACAGCGAUAACAGUAUCACACAUCGGCGGCGAAUUUGCUUAAAUAACUAAACAAAAAAGUUAAUAAACUUUGUUUUAAAAAACAAAGUUGGCAUAAAAAAAUUCAAUUUCAUGUAUGGAGUUUAUCAACUCCAAGUAAUUUGAUGCAAUUUUACGAAAAAAUGGUAUACUACAAACCUCAGUACUAUCCUUUUAUAAUUUUAAACAAACCUGGUAGAAAAAAACAGUCAUAAUGUUCCAAAUUCUUUUCAUUACUUUGCCAUAUCGUUUGUCUUGUUUUAAAAUUGACAAAACAUCUGAAUAAGUUUGAUUAGCCAGGAAAAAAGACACAAUGAGCUACUGUCCAAUAUGAACUGUCCUACACGCAAAAUAUCAGGCAUGCACGUAAUGAUAUUGAAGACCCGUAAUUGGUCAAUGGCAUCUGAACGUACAUAAUAAAUAUAUGUUAUUUACCGGCUGGGAGUCCGUACUGAAGAAUAUUUUCCUGAGGUCUCAGAAGCGGCCCGAUACUGAGGACGAGGAACGCUUCUGACACCGAGGAAAAUAAUUUUCAAGUAACCGUAAUUAAAAAUAACUUUUUUUUUGCACGAUGCUAAAUUAAAUUCCUAAAAAGCUCCAGUGUGGCGAAGUAGAUUUGAAAUCAGUUGUGUUUGUUUAUCUAGUCAAGCAUGGCUGGCAUAUUGCUAAAAUAACACAAUAAAAAGCCUUUAUUUUUUUUGCAAUAUAUGCUUUUCUACUCAACAAGACAAUAAAUAGAGUACUAUUUGUUUUUCUGAUCGUUUUAGCCUAAUAACAUGAAUCUAGAAGUCAUUUUAAACUGCCGUUAACUGAUUUUUUAAAAAAUUUUAUGUUUGAGGAUAAGUCCUAAUUGGUUCCAGUAUUUGUAUUUUAACAUAUAUUUUUCGAAAUAUAGCUGAAUAUAUGCUGCGAUUCUAAAACUAAACAUUUGAAAGAAAUGUUUUUUCGCACUGGUCAAAAAAGUACAUAUCAGACUUGACACUAAAUCCAUUGAAGUCAGUUUAGCUUAUUUUCCUAUCUUUAGUAUCGAUAUAGGGAGGGUUUUUUGGUUGUUUUUUGAGUUUGAACUGUCUUCACUCCUCGGUUUUUUUUGAGAGGUCCGAACCUGUCCGAGAGGUCCGUAUCGUGUGAUACGGACCUCUCGUCAACCAAUCAGAAGGCUCCAUUUACGUUACGGACCUGGGAUUACAAACCGGAAAAAAUAAUAACUUCUUAUUAACCGCACGCAAGGUCUGUACAGAGAAAUAUCGGAGCCAGGUCUUUUUUGUACAUACCGAGCCCGUAGGACGAGGUCCGAUAUUUCUCUGUACAUACCGAGAAAGCGAGGUUAAUAAACAGUUUACUAUAUGGUAUUUAUAGGCAUUUAUACUUGAAUCAAACAAGAAAUGCAUGAUUUGAAAUGCAUAUUAGUAGCGUGGUACACAUUUGGUCGAAGAAAACAAAAAAUACCAAUGUAUUCCUGCUUUUCCAUUCACUAAAAACCAUUCGCGGAUAUCUUAUUAAUAACAAAUUGCUGUUUGAUUUUAAUAAAAUGCAUGCGUUUGUUGAAAGUACUUCUCAGCCAAUCACUGUCCGCCAUUUCACCGGAAGUGAUGCUUGCCAUAUAAUAAUAGCUCAUAUUCUGCUGGUAGGGAAAACAUGCAAGAUGGCGGCGUAAGACUGAUUACCGGAGUUUUGCGAACGCGAAAACAACGAAUCGCUUUUUAUAUUCUUAAAGGCAAUAAAAAUACAAUUAAAAAACUCCAAACAACUGUUUACAGGUUAGCAAAUACUUUUUACAUUUAAGGUUACAUCACAUGAUUGACUCAUGUUUUAGUAAAAUCAUCCGUAUAGUGUGUAUAGACGUUGGAAAAUGUGCUCAUAAAAUAAAAAAGUAUUGAACUAAAUCGAAAAUGCGAACACAGUUUUACUUCUUUAAUACCGCUAAACUCUGUGUCAAAAUUUGAGAACAAUCGGUUACCUAUCUACUUAUUUCCCUUUUUGAACAGGGAAUUUGCUCUAAAGCCUAGUAUUUAAACUUUUACAGGGUUUUGACUUACUCUGCAUGUCGUCUUCUUCGCCCUUAAUUUUAACCGUGUUGUAAAAUACACCUUGGCAGGUUUUGGCAAGGAGAAGGCGUUUUUAGUCUAAAGGUUUCAUCUUCGGUCGCUUUUUUUAUAUCUUUUGGCUUUGCUUUUUGUUUUUGUAGUUUCCUUAGCCUUAGCCUUUCCUUUGUAUUUGCGCCAGCCAGUUAUAACUUUCGCGCUAUCAGGUAAUAUAUCUAUGAUGAUAUAUAGGCCUAUGCCAAAUAUCUUGAUCUCUUUUAAGAUUUUUUCCAAAACGUUGCAGGAUAUGAUAUAUUUCCAUGCCUUUAAUACAAAUAAAUAUACAUUAUAUAAAAAAAUCCACGUUUUAUCGUGUGCUGUCUCUCUCCCCCGCAGACGCUUCUGUUGACUUUCCAUGUUUACAAUUAGUAGUGAGAUACAUUUCACUACACUUUACAUGGCAGAUCUUGGAACACGAGGGAGCCGCUGGGCGAAGGAUAUGAUGUAACCUUAUUAAGCAGGUUAAAAAAUACUUUUGAAAAAAAUAAUGAACAUGAGCAGAAACCAGAAUAUAAUUUUUUGACAAAACUGAAUUAAAAGCAAAACUUUUAAAUAGAAGUAAAGUCAACAAGCACUUGUUUUGUCUAAAAAAAUUUAAAUAUGUAUAAAAAUUUUAAGUUUUGGCAAUGUUCGAAGUACUGAUUUAAUUAAAAAACGAGCAGCAGUAUUUUCUCAGGUUUAGGCUGGCUAGUUUUGGUAAGUUGUGUGAAUUGCCAAACUAAUUGUCAAAAAAUUGCCAUACUGAAGAGCCUGCAUGUAAAUGCAGUAGUUGUCUAUACAGAGUGUAUAUAUCAGAAAAAAUAAUACAUACAGUUGGACUGAAGUUCAUUAAAGUCAGUAUGCCUUUGUACUUUAACGUUAUCUGGUACAUCUAGCACUAAAUACAAAAUCGCCACAAAACCCAUUCUCUGAAAAAGGCUGAAUCCGUAGAGAAAUUACACGUUACAUGCUCGAAAAAACACAUUACAUGCUCAAGGCUGACACUGAUUAAGUACGUCUCGACUGAGGAAAACGACGAUAUACUGGAGCUAGGAACUUCAUUUGUAAAGCACUUGUAGAUAUGGUUCCAAGAAGAAUAGAUUUAGUUUAGAUUUACAUGUAUAUAUGCAUUAUCACAUGAAUAUUCUUCUCAGAUUUAUUCUGCAUCGUAUAAAAAAGCAACGCAAUUUUGAGAAUGCGGAAAUGGUGUCUCAUAUAUAUAUAUAUAGAACCUAGAAUAAUUUAAAUGCAACAUUUCUGAUCAAAAUCACAUUGGAAUUUUCUCCCCAGUAUUACAGAAGGGAAAUAAGGUGACAAUGACCCCUCCUCCUGUUUUUCAAAGUAACUUUUCCAAUUUAUUUAAUUCCGAGUAGAAAUGUCUGGGAAAAUUUAUGUCUUCGAUGUACUUUAUAAUCUUCGGAAUUCUGCAAGAUUUCACCCCCAAAACGCUUGAAAUCGCCUUUCAGGGACUCUAGAUUUCAAACUUUUCCCGGGUGUGCAUGCCCCCGGACCCCCCAAGACGGUCUCGUGCCUUCUGCGUUCACUUAGCCCGCCCCUCGCCCCCCCAAAAAAAAUUAAGGUCUGGCUAUGCCACUGAACGCUAUGUUUUUAGAGUAGGAAAGCUGUUACUAAACCCUUCCCAAAAAAGCCAUUGCUCACCGAAAACACAAUUUAAUCAUAUAAUACUAUUGUUAGUAUUAUGUUUUAUCGCCAUGCAAACCUACAAGGUUGCCAACUUCUACCAACAAGAAUAUGAAGAACCUAUUACAAAUUAAUCACAUAGAGUAAAUAUAUGGACUGUGUUGCAUACGCUAUCAAAGUUUCAAGGAAUUUGGUGCACCUAUAGGCCAACGCAAGAUCUCCAAAACAUGGAUUUUCUCCCAUUUUCUUUGUUCAAACGCGAUUUCUUUGCAUGAUUCAUUACUACUUCACGCAGACAUUGGAGAACACUUGUUGUGGCCCAGUGACAAAGACGACAGCUCUUUAUUAAACAUUUCACCCCCAAUGGGAAUACUGCUUUGACGUAAUGAAUAUACUUUCCUACUACACCGCUGCGUACCGUAGGAAACUACUUAUAUCAAAUUAAUUUUAUGCAUGCUCGUACAUUUGCAUAAAUUACAAUACGAAAUACACAAGCCAAUUCCCAGUUAUUGAGAGCGUUUCAUAUAAAAUUAUUGACAUGCAGUGUUUACUUACAAACAAGAUCAAUCUUCAACUUGCCCUUCAUUUCGUUCUACGUUGUACGUUCUACGUGCCCUCCUACGUUGAAGAUUGAUUUGGUUUGUAAGUAAACAGUGCGUGUAAAUAAUUUUGUUUUGGACCUUUGGGAAUUGGCUUGCGAAUCCAGGUUUUAAAGAUCUGGCGUUAUCGUACGCAUCCACCAAAUUUCUUGAAACUUUGAUAGCUUGUGCAAGACAGUCCAUAUUUUGAUUCUGUGCGAUUAAAUUUUGUUUCCGAUGAAAUCUUUUUGUGCGCAAGGCCUUUUUAAUGUUUUUUUAGUAACAGCUUUCCUACUCUAAAAACGCUAGCAUUUUAAAUAAUUUUAGUGCUAGAUGUACUUUUUUUGACAAAAUGUUUUCGGCAAGUACAAUUUCUUGCUGCGUGUUGAAACUCGAAAGAACAUUUUUAAAGCAUGUUAUUAGGCUAAAACGAGCAGGAAAAUAAAUUGUUUUAAUCAGUUUACCUUUUUAUUGUCUUGUUGAGUUCACCGUGUAGUUUUAGCAAUAUAUGGCAGUCAUGCUAUAGUUGGACUAAAGCAACAAACAGAUCUCAUAAUCUACGGUUCGCAAUGCCGCCCGGAGUUUUUUUAGGAAUUUAAUUAAGCAUUGAGCAAAAAAUAAAUGCAUUAGUUACCGUGAAGUUGUCGGUACGUACUCCUUGGUAAUCCUGGAUAUCACAAAAAUCUUACCCAAUAACUGUUUAAUUUUAUUUUUUAUACGUUUUCGCAGAUUUGUAAAACUCAUCUUCAUUAACUUGUUUAUUUUCAGACAAUCUCAGUAUCUGUCGAACUCGUCUUCACCAAUUACACCAAUGCGAAUUUCAUACCUGCAAUGACCCUCAGUGUGUCCCAGGGGACAAAAGCUUUUGAAAUACUCGAGAUGGCUUCCCAACAAAACCCGUGUUACAGAUUCCAAUUUCAAACAUUCAGUAUUGGUCGCUUCAUUACAAGAAUAUGCUGUCUCGAACAAGAUCCAUCAGCUGACUUUUAUUGGCUCAUUUACAAGAAUGGUCAACCUUCCAAUGUUGGAGUUGAUGUGUUAACACCGACGAAUGGAGAUACCAUUACCUUCAAAUACCAAAACGUUUGAACAUAAUUAUAUUAUACGACAAACGUUCUCGGUCUUGUGCUAACUUACUGUCUAACUUUCUUACUUUCUUUAAUUAAUUAAUUUUAAACUAACUACUCUGUUAUAGUCAAACCAGACCUGUAGAGAGGUUACUGUUACUUAUUUAAUUAUUUAAUAAGACAACUAUUAAAUGAUGUAAACUUUUCUGUGCGUACGCCUAUAGGGUAAUUGAAAAUCGUGCGACAUCAGUACAGUACAUAACGUCGGCUUUAAGGCAAUUUUCCAUUGCAGUCGCUUUGCCCGCAAGGGUGGAGCGAACAUUAGAGAGGUUAAGAUACCCCUGUUCCAGUUUACGGGUACGGGUGAUAUACACGUACCAAUACCGUAAAUCGGAGAACGACUUGUAACUUAAGAAAUCCAAGAUACUCCGGCGUCAGAAAACCUAUCAGAGAAUGGUAACUUUCGCUGUUGAGGUUCGCCAUAAAUUGUUGAAAACUUUGACGAACAUAUAUAUGCUCGUUAUUUUUUUGGAUAAGAUGUUGAAGCUUUUUGCUAUUGAAACGGCCCACAAAUACUAAACAGAAAACACCCGUACCCGUUUGUCUUUUACGUGUAUACACCAUGGUUUGCCGCAGGAGAACGGGUAGAAAUUACAGGUAAAAAUGCUGAUAUCGGCAAAACUUGAUAAAUAAAAUGGCCAUACUCGUACCCUUAAACCGGAAUCAGGUAUCUUAACCUCUCUAACAGAAGGAGUCUACGUUUAGAGGACGGCGACUUGAGAAUGGCAACUAAACAAACUCUUUGAAAUGUGUGAUUGUGUAAAAUUCUUGUCAUGUAUUUGCCACCAUAUUAUUUCAAUACAUUUUAAGUAGGGCAAUUUUAAUAGAAGGGGGGGGGGGGCAAUGGGGGAUCUCGUCACUAAUCACGAAGAACGAAUAAUUGCUAAUCACGAGUCACGAAAAUACCCUUUCCCGUUAAUACUUGUUAACACGGUUUACCAGGGCAAAACAAUUUUAAUCAUUUGUGUUAUAAAAACUACAUAUGACGGCUUGACACAACGUUUAAAAUUCCCGCAAGACUUUUUAAAUUAUUAAUGUUUCUGUGAUAUAUGAUGAGUUUUGUUGUUUGAAUUUGAAUUUGAAUUUAUUAAUUGACAUUCCCUAAUGUGGGCUUUUCAAUGACAAUUUACAUGGAUUUUAGAAGGAAUUAUGAGUUAUCGACUAUAUAUAUUUACAACAAUCUUAUCAACUGAGUUAGUACGCGAACUAAAAUUAUACUAUAUAUUAUGGUUUAUGAGUUAAAAAAAGUUAAAAAGAAGGACAUCGCUUCUCAAUAAGAAUUGUCUUAAGUUUCGUCUUAAAAUUGUUCAAAUCUCAGUCCCUCGGUCGUACUUGAACGAUAUUUGACCGAUCGAUGUCCUAUAUUUUGGAAUAUCCAGGUCUCCAUUUCUUCUAGUAUCUCGGUUAUGAAUUCUGUUUCGUUGUUCAAAAUUAUCGCAUAAAUACUGUGGAGCUUUGUCAUUCAUGCAUUUAAAUGUUAAUAACGCAUCUCUGUACAAUAGAUGUUCUUUGACUGACAAACAUCCUAACUCGAAACAGAAUACAUCGUCGGUGAUAUAUGAUCAUACUUAGGCACCCCUGUAAUUAAUCGGGCUGCGCAAUUUUGGAUUAAUUGGAUCUUUUUGAUGUUGCCAUCUGACGUUGUGUUCAUAGCUAUGGUCCUUCCAUUAACGUCCUCCAUGAGCAAACUUCCUGUUUAGUUUAAUCACUAGAAAUACAUUUAUUUUGUUAAGCCCAGCAGAUGGGCGUUUUAUGUUCACCUCUUCCUUCAUUUUAUCCGGAAGUACUUGUAAUUUUUUCUUCAUGUGGUCUAGUUUGUGAUUGAAAUUAUCGUGCCUUACUGCAUUUUGUUUGUAGGAGCAGUUUCUUGAAACGUUUCCUUGUCUGACAAAACAAGUGAAAUGCGCUUGUUUAGCUGAUAUAGGUUGAUUUAUA